CCUCAAUUCCUCUCACUCGUUCUCUCCCUCUCCCUUCGUGUGUGUGUGUCUCUACGAGCAUCAACAGAGUCCUUGACAAAAUCGAUGUUUUGUGUCUUUUUUUGAAUUCUUUCGAGUCAUUCGUUUACCCCCCAAAAACUUACUUUGUUCUUCGUCUACACCGUUCUCCCGACAUCCCAGUGGUCACCGUCCCCCGCAAUACAUCCACCACCAUCCAACGCACCUACCACUCAAAAGUACCGAAAAAGCACAGACACAGAAAGAAAAAAGAGAAGGGAGACAGGACAGACACAUCAUUUCUACUGUACAUCUUGAAACUAGACAAAAAGCAAAAAACAAGACCGCAGUACAGACUCUCUGCUACACGCACGGCGCGCACCGGUGAGCACAAUGCCUCCGACCGUCGCAAGCCGAAUAGUGUCCAGCGACCACAUCAAGACCGUCGUCUCUCGAACGGCAUCGUCCACCUUGAACUUUUUAUCCGCACGAGGCUCCUCUUCCUCUUCCCAGUCCACCACCCCCUUGGCGUCUGUAUUCGCCCUCAUCAUCCGAGGCACGAUACGGCUGUCCAGUCGUGCCCUCGCCGCCGACUCCCCUCCCGCCAUCACACCCCGAUCGCAACUGGUCGAGGAGCCCGUGUUCUUGCGACCCCGCGGCGACCACCAAGGUCUCGCCAGACGACAACAAAAUGUCAUCCUCGCCAUCCCCACCACGUACGCCGGGUUGAACUCGGGUCCCGCUCCUGGUGCCUUGGCCGGCAUCGUCCUCGGCAGCAUCGCGGGCUUCAUACUCGUCCUGUACGUCCUGCUGAGCGCGUUCCGUUUCGGCAUCUUCGGCAACCGGCAGACGGUGGUCGAAGAAGAAAUCGUCCGUCACCAUCACCAGAGUCGACGGAGCCGGAGCCGGUCGCGGGCGAUGACCGAAGUCAGCCAUCACCAUCAUUCGCCGAGGCGGGAGAGGGUGGUCAGGGAGCGCGAAGAGACCGUCGUGGUCGAGGAACAUGUCGAGCCGAGUGUCAGUGCCGAUGAUGACAUUGUCGAAGUCAUCGAGGAGCACAGUCCUGAACGACCGCCGAAACGUGGACCCAGCGGGAGGAGUGGGUACAGGACGGUCGAUCCCGCCGAGUUUGGUGGUGGGAGCAGACCCAUAAGGAAGAUCAGUAGGCGGUGAUGAGUCAUGUCUGCUACGGAGGUAUUAUGAGUAGUCAAGAGAAAUUGAUACUGAGGUCUGUGUUUGUGUGUAUAUGUACAAGAUGUCUAGUCCGUAUGCAUGUGGUUGUCACUGGUGCAUGGGUUUUUUUGAGCGAUGGAGUUGGGUCUGGUUUACGAGGUACUCCAUAGGUGACACCUUUUUGAGUUGUGAUGUGUUGAACAAAUUGAUCUAUCAGAUGACACUACAUCAUGUGUGCAAGUACGGAGGAGAUCCCUGAAUACGGAAUAUUUCUGGUUAUUCUACAAAGUAUACAGACUCCGAAUCUUGUCUUUCG